AUGAAGGACGAAGGUUUAGGAUGUUUAGUAUCCGCAGUUUUCAACUCCGGUGACAACGUUUCCAACAAGUCCGUUGCAGACUUGUCCGAAAACGUUACCAGCGACGAGACCGUUGGAAACUCCUCCGAAAACGUUUCCGGCGACGAGUCCGUUGGAAACUUGUCCGAGGACGUUUCCGGCGACGAGUCCGUUAGAAACUUGUCCGAGGACAACGUUGUUCAUUCCAGAUGGGAGAACGGUUUCGAGGGUCUUGGAGUUUCCGACGAAGUUUCCAGAGUUAGAGGCAACAUCGACGACUGGGGUGGUGACAACACGGGUAAGACGGUCAACAGAUGGGACGGUGAAGUAUUCGUUGCGGACUUGUGGUCUGAUCAAAGUCUUGACGCAGUGGCAGGACUUGGAGACGGAGGUGGAUGGGAGGAUGGAUGGGACGACGGAGGAAGAUUCAACGACUGGGGUUUGGACGUAGGUGUUUGGGGCUUGGACGGCUUGGACGGUGACGGCGGCUCCGUUAGAAACUCCGGCGGCUCCGUUGACGGCGUUGACGGCGUUAAGGGCGGCGAGGGCGUUAAGUCCUCCAACGUUUCCAGAGACGGUGUUAACUCCUCCGACAACUGGAACGUUGACGGUGUUAAGGGUGUUAAGUCCUCCAACGGUGUUGACGUUGUUAAAUCCGACAACUCCGCAGACAAUUGGAAAACUGAUGCCAAAUACGAUAUUUCGAUCGUUUUUAUACCAAAAAAAUUAAAAACAUUAAACGUGAUUUGA